AGCCAACCUGCAGCAUGCGAGCAUGUGAGGCGCUUUCCGCUCGCGGAGUUGCUUCAAUCGGCCAUUUGAUUAUUUGUUGUUAUUAACCAUGUCAGUUUAUCUACCAGCCAUCGAUCGCACUUGACUUUGCCAACACCAUCCCCCAAGGUAAACAAGCGAAAACAAUCAUAUAGUCGCGCUCCAUCGUACAUAGUCAACAUUCCAAGCGACACCCACAUAAUAAAGACAUACCAUCUCUCCACUCGAUCGAUCAUGGCAGACAAAGAUGGAAAGCAGUACAAAUACCGCCAGGAGAUCCAGCAGAUGAUGUACGUCUCUGGGGAGACUGGCGAACCAUCUGUCGAAACCACGGGCAUGAUCGAGGAGAUUGUGCGCCAGCAGGUCAUAGAGAUCCUGCGCAACUGUACCGAGCUGGCCGCCCGUCGCGGCUCGCGCACCAUCACCAUCAACGACCUCAUCUUCCAGAUCCGCGAGGACGCCGCCAAGGUGUCCCGGCUGAGGACAUUCCUGUCGUGGAAGGACGUACGUAAGAACGUCAAGGACUCUGACGACAAGGGUGCCGACGCCGACAUAGGUGCCGGCGAGGAUCCCGUGGGAGGCGUAGUUGCCGGCCCCGUUGACGACGCCGCCAAGAAGAACAAAAAAUCAAAGGUCGGCCUGCCCUGGGAGCCCUCGUCCUUCUACAGCCAGGAAGUUCCCGAACGCGACGACGAGGAGGACGAAGAGGAGGAGGAGAUGAACCACAUCACCCUCCAGCGUCUACGGAAAGCCGAUGAGCGCACCAAGGUCAUGACGCGCGAGGAGUACGUCACGUGGUCCGAGUACCGACAAGCAUCCUUCACUUACCGCAAGGGAAAGCGAUUCAGAGAGUGGGCGGGCUUCGGUAUAGUCACGGACGGACGCCCGUCGGACGACAUAGUCGACAUUCUCGGUUUCUUGACCUUUGAAAUGGUCCAGAUGCUGACCGAAGAGGCCCUCAAGCUCAAGGAGCAGGAAGACUUGUGGAAGGAGCGCACGGGUGGCGGUGAAAAAACGAGCAAGCAGCCCAAGAUCGCUGCGCAUGGUCUCUUCCUGCCACCUAGUGAGGGCCGGACUCCAGUCGAAGCCCGUCAUGUCCAAGAGGCAUUCAGGCGCAUGCAGGGCCGCCCCAAGAAGUCGCGUGCCAUGCUCAAUGGUACAAGGCUGGCACAACACACGGCUCUCAAGCUGUUCUAAACUAUGUUUGCAAUUUUUGUUGUUGCAAGGCAGACCUAUUAUCUUCGGGGGUACCAUUACAGAGCGUUUCUUGGAUUUCGGUACUGCUAGGCAUAUACAUGUGCGCAAUGUGGCAUUUUUGCAGCCGAAAUUCAAGUUUGCCCCUCUUGACCAAAUUAUCCGCCUCUGUCAGCACCGCUGUUGGAAAGAAAUCAUGUUACCCAGGUAUCGAAGAUGCCCGGCAAGUCACUAUAAGCCUUGACAAAUUCUUGGAAAGAAACCCGAUUUUAUUGUAUGGUUACUCGCAUCACCCAAUCUUAAUGCAUCCUUUUUACAUCCGACA